AUGAAUCAAUUCAAACCUCCGCUCUCUUCUCAACCUCCUUCUCAAGAUAGAUUUGGCUUACGACUAUCAGUGCCUCCUUCCCUUCCACAUUAUAUUUCACCUUUAAGUCCGAUCGCAUUCUUAUUACGUGCAGCUUUAAUCUUUCCCAAUAAGGCCGCAAUCAUUCAUCCCGAAAAAGGUAUUCGAUUCACAUAUGUUGAAUGGGCAGCAAGAUGUCUUUCAUUAGCAUUUGCUAUCAAAAAUACAGCAAAUUGGAAAAAAGGUGAUCGUGUUGCCAUCAUUGCGCCAAAUACUCCAAUGAUAUUAGAAUCAUAUUAUGGCAUCUUGGCAGCAGGAGGUAUUGCGACACCUUUAAACAUUCGUAAUAAUGAACGUGAGAUCGCAUACGUAUUGGACCAUAGCGGAGCAAGCGUGAUUUUGGUCGACGAAGAAUUUGCACAUUUAGUGCCCGAACAAUUGCCUUCAAAUGUGACAGUGAUCAUUAGUAAAGAUACAGGCGGAAAGGAUGGAAUCGAUUCCGAUCAAUAUGAAUCAUUCUUACACACAGGCAGACAAGAAUGGGAAAAAGCAGAGAAGCAAGAGAUCGAUCGAUGGGGUAAAAAAGGAAAACGUGGAUGGGAAUUAAUCGAAGCGCCAAAAGAUGAAAAUACACCUUGUUGUCUAUGCUAUACAAGCGGCACUACCGGCAGACCAAAAGGAGUUUUGACAUCUCAUCGUGGUUCCUACCUUGCAGCAUGCGCAAACGCUUUCGAAUUUCAAUUGACAAGUGAUAGCGUAUACCUUUGGGUUUUGCCUGCUUUUCAUGCUGCCGGUUGGACAUUUCCAUGGGCGGUAACGGCAGCAUUAGGAACGCAUUACAUUAUUCGUAAAGUGGACAACGAUCUCAUUUGGAAUGCUUUGAGAGAUCAUGGAGUAACGCAUUAUUGUGCUGCACCAACUGUGAAUAUUGGAUUGGUGAAUCAUCCCAAAGCACAAAGGUUACCUCAAACUGUACGUGUUGCCGUUGCUGCCAGCGCACCUACUGCUGAACUACUGCAAUCGUUGGAAAAUUUGAAUGUGAUUCCAGUCCACUGUUAUGGACAAACUGAAAAUUACGGGCCUUUUGUGAAGAGAUAUAUGGAACCAUCCUGGUCAAAAUUAGCCGUUCAAGACAGGGCUCAGCUAAUUGCUCGUCAAGGUCAUGGAUUUCUAGUUUCAGAUGAAGUUCGAGUGAUCAAAACUGGAAAAGAGAACGAUUCAAUAAAAGAUGAACGUGAUUUGAUCGAUGUCGAAGCUGAUGGUCAAGAGGUGGGAGAGAUUAUCAUGAGAGGAAAUUUGGCCAUGUUGGAAUAUUAUAACGACAAAGUUGCGACAGAAAAAACGGUCAAACAUGGCUGGUUACACACCGGAGAUCUGGCAGUCCGACAUCCCGGAGGAGAGGUUCAUAUUCGUGAUCGACAAAAGGAUAUCAUCAUUUCUGGUGGCGAGAAUAUCAGUUCCUUAGCUGUGGAGGACGAAAUCGCGAGUCAUGAAGCCGUUCUAGAAGGAUGCGUAGUUGCAAGACCGCACGAGAAAUGGGGAGAGGUAGGACAUGCAUUUAUUGUACUUAAACAAGGCAGGAAACUCACAGCAGAAGAAUUAAGACAAUAUUGCAGAUCUCGAAUGAGCAAAUUUGCUGUUCCGGGCUAUAUCGAUUUCGUUGAUGCUUUACCGAAGACUUCCACUGGAAAGGUCCAGAAAAAUGUUUUGCGUGAAAAUCUACGUCAAGCUAAACUUUGA